AUGAAUGCUCCGCCAACAUUUGAAUCUUUCCUUUUGUUUGACGGAGAAAAAAAAAUAGUUAAAGAAUUAGAUCAAAAAGUACCCAAUGCAGCCAUAUUUACAAUUAAUAAAGAAGAUCACACAUUAGGUAAUAUGAUUCGAGAUCAACUUUUGAAAGAUCCUAAUGUUUUAUUUGCCGGUUACAAGGUUCCCCACCCUUUAGAACACAAAUUUGUUUUGAGAAUACAAACAACAUCGGAUUACACUCCACAAGAUGCACUAAUGAAUGCCAUAACUGAUUUAUUAUCUGAAUUAUCAUUAUUCGAAGAAAGAUUUAAAGAAGCCAUUAAAGAAAAGAAAGAAGGACUUGACUGA